UUCGCUACUUUUCAUCUUAGCACCAUCGCGAUUUUCGCACUCAACCAAUUUCCAUUCCUUGCGCGCCAUGGCGACGACUGCUGACGAAACUCCCAAGCCCGAUCCGGAGCCCCCUCAGCAAGAGCAGUUGGCGGAUCUUAUCGCGAAAGCGACAGCCGAAUAUGCCGUCAAACACUACUCGGAGGCGGCGGAGCUCUACUCCCAGGCGACGGAGCUGCAAGCGGAGAUCAAUGGCGAGAUGGCGCUCGACAACGCCGACCUGCUAUAUUCCUACGGAAAAUGCCUGUUCUUCCUCGCGCAGCAAACAAGCAAUGUCUUAGGCGGCACGGCGGCAUCAGCACAACUGUCCUCGAGCAAAUCUAAAAAGUCUGGGAAGAAGAGAAAAGCGAACAGCGCGGCCAAAGCAGGGGGGUCUACCAAUGGAAGCGGCGUCGGCGAAAGCUCCAGUUCGAUGGCUGCGAUCCCGGAGGAGCCGGUGCCUAAUGUGGGUGAUGUCGUGCCCAAAGAAGACGUACAACCUCAGGAGACCGCUUCAGACAAGCCCUAUUUCCAGAUCUCUGGCGAUGCCGAAGGCUGGGAUGAUUCGGAUGAGGACGAGGAAGAUCAGGACGAAGAGGCUGAUGAAGAAGAGGACGACGACUUCGCCACAUCCUACGAGCUUUUGGAUUUGGCGCGCAUCCUAUAUCUCAAGAAGCUGGAACAGAGUCAAGAACAUGCACUGGAGGACUCGGAGAAGGGCAAAUAUGUGGCAUCUAUCGACCUCACACCAGAGGUCAAGACGCUGAAGACGCGUGUGGCGGACAUCUACGACCUGCAAUCAGAAGUCUCUCUGGAAGGAGAGAAGUACUCGAAUGCCGUCACCGAUCUCAGGGCAUGUCUUGCGCUGAGGGAGGAGCUUGAACCUCCAGAGUCGAGCAUUCUAGCCGAGUGUCACUACAAGCUCAGUCUGGCACUCGAGUUCAGUUCCCAGACACAACAGCACGAUGAACAAGGGAACCCAACCGGCGAAGUGCAGGUCGAUUGGGAUAUCCGGAAUGAAGCUAUCGCCCAGCAAGAGAAAGCUAUCGACAGCUGCAAAUUGCGCAUCUCCAAAGAAACAGCUGCGCUGGAUAAGCUCGAAGCAGGUCCCCAGAAAGACAAGGCCAUGGCUCAGAUUGAGGAUGUUCAAGACAUGGUUGCGGAAAUGGAAGUACGACUGGCAGAACUCCGCAAGCCACCCGUCAGCGUCAAAGCGGAGUCGGAAAGUCAGAUGAGAGAACAGAUUUCUGGUGUCUUGGGCAGUCUGCUGGGCAGUGGCGCAUCCGAACAAGAGAAGAAAGAGAAAUUGGCGCAAGUAGCGGAGACAGCAACCGAUGUAUCGGGGCUGGUCAAGCGAAAGAAGCCGAAGACGACACACGCCAAUGGAGGGGACAGUGGGUUUGGGUCUUCUGCUUCGACUCCGGCUGCAAUGCCGCCGGCUGCAGAAGGGUCAAACUUGGGCAAACGGAAGGUGGAAUUUGUGGACGAAGCAGAGGGUUCUGACAGUGGGAAAAAAGCGAAGGUAGAGGAUGCCGAGGACUCUGGACAUUGAUGGACCUGCAAGAAGAUUGCGCUUCCAACGCGGGAAUGAUGCUGCUGGUACCGUUGGCGGCAGCAGGACGAGGACGGCCACAACUCGGUUCUUCCUCGAACGACCCUCAACAUCUAUCUCCAUGACCUGAUUUUAAUUUUGCCAAUCACUUCUGUACAAUAGCCAUAGCCUCGACCUCAUACAACCAAUUCGGGGCAGCCAGUGCCGCGACGCCCACCAGCGUACUUGGCGGACGAUGACCGGCCAUGAACUUGGUAUAAGCCUCGGACCGCGACGUGUCGGUGGGAUCCAGGUUGACCACGAACUGGGUCAUCUUGACGAUAUUGGCGGGCGUCGCCCCGACCGCGGCCAGACACCUGCCCAGGUUGGCCAGCGCGAUCUCGACCUGCGCGAUGAAGGACUCGGGCGUGGUCCCGGUCGCCGGGUCAACCCCGAUCUGGCCGGCUAUUGUUACCAGCGUGCUCGUGGCAGAGAUGGGUGUGCAUUGGACGUGGGAAUAUGUCGGGCGCGGAGGGGGCACGUCGGGCGGGUUAAUCAGUUGGAUUGACAUGCUGAGUGGAUUGGGUGAUUGCCGAUGGCUUGAGACUGGGGCAGAGAAGCUGAGAAGAGUGGUCUUUUUGGUAGGAGAAGCUGAGAAAAGAAGUGGUGAUGGUAUAUAACAAAGUGAGUGGGUGGAUGAUGCGUGCUCGCUAUCGCCUGUUACCCCACUCGCCUACGGCUUCACGGGAUUCUCCGUGUCCUCGAUGAGAAUGAGCAUUGUGUUUGUGAAGCGGACGCAGGUACAGACAACCGAUGGUGAACGAGCCAAGUCGGAAUAACUCAUUAUCCGAGGUGAGCACCCUUCAUGCCUUUGUGCCCAGCGCGG